CUCUUAAAAAUGGUCAAGGAAAAUAUUGUAGUCCCUGAAGAGAUCUUGAGCUUCUGUUGCAAUGGCCUCCAGGGCUCGACCUCUCCGCUGCGUGUCCAGGAGCCAGGGGAGCGGGAGGAGGUGCCGGGGGCCAUGGCGAGCCCCUUGCCCACCCGCAACCCCACUGAGGUGCAGAUGAGCCAGCUGGUGCUGCCCUGCCACACCAACCACCGCGGCGAGCUCAGCACCGGCCAGCUGCUCAAGUGGAUCGACACGGCCGCCUGCCUCUCUGCCGAGAGACAUGCUGGGUGCCCAUGCGUCACGGCUUCCAUGGAUGAUAUCUAUUUUGAGCAUACCAUUAGUGUUGGGCAAGUUGUCAACAUCAAAGCCAAAGUGAACCGAGCCUUUAACUCCAGCAUGGAGGUGGGCAUCCAGGUGAGCUACGAGGACCUGUGCAGCGGGAAGCACUGCAGCAUCUGCAAGGCGUAUGCCACCUUUGUGGCGCAGGGUCCCUCCAACAGCAAGGUGAAGCUGAAGCCACUGACCCCGCAGACGGAGGAGGAGAAGACAGAGCACAGCAUUGCUGCCGAGCGCCGCCGCAUGCGGCUGGUCCACAAGGACACCCUCAAGGACCUCCUUAUCCGCAGCCCCCGUGAAACCGAGCUGGAGACACGGGACGGCAGCGUGGCGGUGCCGGCGGAGAAGACACGGGUGGAGAGCGUGGAGCUGGUGCUGCCCCCACAUGCCAAUCAUCAGGGAAACACCUUCGGUGGGCAGAUCAUGGCCUGGAUGGAGAAUGUGGCCACCAUCGCAGCCAGCCGGCUGUGCCAUGCCCACCCCACGCUGCGGGCCAUUGAGAUGUUCCAUUUUCGGGGACCAUCGCAAGUCGGGGACCGCCUGGUGCUCAAAGCCAUCGUCAACAACGCCUUCAAAAACAGCAUGGAGGUGGGGGUCUGCACUGAGGCGUACGGCCAGGAGAUGUCCGUCAGCCGAAGGCACAUCAACAGCGCCUUCAUGACCUUCGAGGUGCUGGACCAGGAGGGCCGGCCCUGCACCCUGCCAAUGGUGGCACCUGAGCCGGGGGACGGAGAGAGGAGGUACAGAGAAGCCAGCGCUAGGAAAAAAAUUCGGCUGGACCGAAAAUACGUCGUCUCCUGCAAACAGACUGAGGUGCCGCUCUCUGUGCCCUGGGACCAAAGCAACAAGGUUUAUCUGAGCUACAACAACGUCUCUGCGCUGAAGACACUUGUAGCCAAAGCGAACUGGGCACUUGCCAGAGAAAAGGAAAAGGUGCGGAUGUACACGCUGGAGGAGGACAAGUUCCUUUCCUUCCGCAUUGAGAUGUCAGUCCGCAUCGCGGCCAGCCGAGCCUUCUCCCUGCUCUCCGACCUGCGGCGCCGGCACGAGAGGAACAGCCACUAUGCGAGCGCCGAGCUCGUCCAGCAAGUAGACGACGACGACAUGAUCUACCAUGUGGUGAGCCAGACACUCAGCCGCGAGAACAAGCCGCAGGACUUCGUCAUCCUGGCGUCCCGACGAAAACCCUGCAGCAAGGGGGACCCCUACGUGGUUGCCUUUCGGUCAGUGACGCUGCCCACCCACCCCGCCAGUGCUGGCUUCACACGGGGGGAGACGCUCUGCUCUGGUUUUUGCAUUUGGACAGAGUCGGAUGACACAAGCAAGGUGGCUUACUACAACCAGGCUACGCCAGGGUACCUCAACUACGUCACCACCAACGUGGCGGGACUGUCCUCCAACUUCUGUGCCACCUUUGAAGCCUGCGAGAAGUUCCUGCUGAAGAACAAGGAGGACCUGAUCGUGCGGCUGCAGGACCUCUAGAGCCAUGGCACCCCUGCUGACAGACAGACAGACAGAUGAGGGGGCACCUUGGUGGUGGAAGGGGACAUGGGAUGGUGGUGGCCCGAUCCUGCCUCCCCGGUGGCUUUGGCCCGAGUAAGGUCCCAGGGCCUGGGGUGGAGGGGCAUGACAGUACCACCUCACCCCUUGCACUGACAUGUCAUGACUUUUCUUCUUCUUCCUUUUUUUUUAUUUAGAAAUUUUAUAAGCUGAUGUACAGGACUUGGUUUUCUAGUUCACUUAACGCUACUUGAAUCUUUAUACGAUCUAAAGUCUUCCUAAAACAGAUUUUUUU